CAACGCGUCAACAACUCUGCUUCACCCUCGAAGAUGAGCUGGACGUUGCUUGCGUCCCCUGUCGCGGGUGCAGCUGGUUCUCAUCCCUUCCCACUUACAAAUGACGCUAUCUCCCACAUCGUACUGACUCCAAAUGGGUCUACACGUGUCGGACUGGUAAACCACCUCCUUCCCGGACUGCACACCGAGUUAGGCCGAGUCAGUGUCGGACCCUGGGGCGCGAAGCUGGAGGCUGUUGACGACAGCUUGGGCAUCCUUUCUGCGCAGGUGCUUGCCGAUCCGAAUGCUGAUCCACGAAGUGAAAAAUACGAGCUGAAACCGCGCAUUGGCGAGAGUUCGGAAGUCAUUCUCCUGCGCCACGGAGACGUAAUAAGUUUUUCGAAAUAUGCGGCUCGUCUCACCUGCCGGUGGACUGCCUCAGAGGUCCAGGUUAACUCUUCAGCUGCGGACGCAUUAGCUGCAGAGCCAGCUGAUGUCAACGGUGAUGAGGAGAUACCUGAAGAGGAGACUGAGGACGAGAAUCUCGACAACACCGUCGUUGCAGGUUCGACUACGCAGACUAAAUCACCACCGCCUCAGCUUUCCAAUCAGCCGUCUGUGGUCGUUCAAGAGACUCCAACAGCAGCUCGUUUCAAGAUGGUAGCGGAGUAUGCGAAUACGCCUGAGGACACGAGCAAUCAUUCUGAGCCCACACAGCCCACUCCCUCGCCCAAAGGUUCAGACCAGGCUGAGACGAGGGCAGAGUAUUUCUCUACUGCCCACACCGGAGAGUCACAGAACAAGCCGCCCAAGAAGGUCGCGAAUUCAGGACGAGAGUUAAGGGUGCUUUCAAACGCGGUUGCGACAGCACAUAGCGACAAAUCUGCCGCUGGCUUAGACGAUCCCUCUGACAAUGUGUCUCCACACCAAAGCAAGAGCUCUCCACGGGUUGAGAUUCCAACAAGACUAUCUCGAAAGCGCGCUAGUAGUGCUGUGGAGUACGCACCGGAAAGGGGAAACGAACCAUUGAGCCGGCCCAGCAAACGUACGAAGCAGACUAUAUCAAGCGACUGCGACACCCAAGACAGCCGAAUGAGCAAUAUCGUUGUCGAAACAUCGCGGAAACCUGCAGCAAAGGGCAAGAAACGUUUAUCGGAGGUCUCAGAAGCAUCAGAGGCAACCCCACCAAGGUCACAGCGCAGCUCACAGCGGUCGAAUACUAUGACAACGGCUGAGCCGUAUGAGGGACCGACACCGCGCGUUGCGUUCAGCCACUCCGCUAUCACACCCAACAGCCAAGGGAUGAAGUUCCUUAAGAAACACAAGGGCGCUAUAGUUGAGUCUAUCAACGAAAAAUGUAACAUCCUGUGCGUAAGACCUGGUACCCUGACCAAAACCAUGAAACUGCUCGAGUCCAUCGCUCGCGGUAUUCCCAUAGUCACCGACAAAUGGCUCCUAGACUCGGCCAAAGCUGGUCAUUUCCUCGCGCUGCAUGACUACCAGCCAUCCGUCCCCAACCAAGAGGAAGAUUGGAAGUUUGAGCUUGGCAAGGUCUGGGGUAAGCCUCAAGCGCCAUUCCAAGGCUAUACGAUCCACUUCACCCCUGAGCUUCGAAAAUCCUAUGCAGAUUUCAAAGAGAUUGAACAUGUGUGCAAAGCCGUAGGCGCGAAGGUGGUAACCAAGAAGCCGAGUAAGAACGAUAACCUCAUCGUCCUUGCAAAAGAGGAUAGGGAUAAAGAGGCGGAAAAAUUGAUGCAGGAUGGCACAACAUGUUAUAGCAAGGAUCUUCUUACCAACAGCAUCCUUCGAGGAGAAGUCGAUCUAGACAGCGAUGAGUUCAUGAUCAAGCCGGAAGCACCCGCCGCUGCUACUACUACCACUGCGAAUCAGACGAAGAGGAAAGGGAGACGAAAGAGUUAGUUAGCUAACACUGUUGAUGAUCAUAUGGCGAUUUACUAUAGCGUUACGUGUACGAGGGUGAGGAAUGAGUAGAUGCUCAGUUGUACUUAUGGCUUUGUUUUACUGCAUAGCGAGCGGAGCAAACCCUCGAAUGGGCCGAAUAAGUGCAGUCGGGAUCACACCAGCGUUAUGUGGAGCGACGCACUCGAGGUUUUCUGUAUAGACUUACGAUAUUAUGUACAUCAAGCGAAAUAGUUGUAUUGUUUUAUAUCAUUGAAUACCAAGCAGCCCUAUGUAGGUAAACGCUUACCCUCGUAAGCGAGCAAGACCC